GCGGGGUUUCUGUCAGCAAGCCAAAGCGUUUAGCUGGGGGGCAUCAGAAAGCUGCAGCUUUAACCUUCUUCAUCUUAUCAGGAUGACAGUUAAUUUGCAAAUACAAGGUUGACAGAAAACACAGUAAUAGCAGACAGAGAGAGUUUGUAUUCUGUCCAGCAGUGUUUUACUGUAUUGAAGAUGGCGCAAGCACUGUCAGAAGAGGAGUUCCACCGUAUGCAGGCUCAGCUCUUGGAGCUGAGAACACAGAACUACCAACUCUCUGAUGAGCUGCGGAAAAAUACAGCAGAGCUCAACAGUGUCCGUCAGAAGACCUCGAACCUGGAGAAAGACUAUGUCAAAGCGCAGAAGGCUUUGAACAAGAGCAAGAAAGCACAGGAGGUAGAUGCCUUACUCAGUGAGAAUAAAAUGCUUCAGGGCAAGUUACACAGUCAGGAAGAUGACUUCAGACUCCAGAACAGCACUCUCAUGCAAGAGCUGUCCAAGUUAUGUUCCCAGAUCGAGCAGUUAGAAUUAGAGAAUCGGAGACUGAGGGAGGGUCAAGGGCUGGAAGGACCCGCCUCCAGCCCUGCCUCUGGUCCAGUGGAUGCUGAACUCCUCCGUCUGCAGGCUGAAAACUCCGCCCUGCAGAAGAAAUUAAAAGCUCUUCAAGAAUGUGCAGAUGUUAAUGAUGGAAAAGCAGCACUCAUCGAUGGAUCGGCCGGCACUAAUGGUGUCCAAUCAGAUGCCAGCGGUCAUAGUGAUGACCCUUCGGCCCCAGGAAAUGAUCAGAUUGAUCAGGCCGAAGUGCAAAGCGUCAAACCGGAACAGCGAGAUAAUGAACUGAGCGAGGUGGCAUUAAAGCUUCAAACGGAAAUGGAGGAGAAAUGCUUACUGAGGGAACAACUCCAGACACUAGAGAUGUCCAAGCAGGCAGAAAUCACAAAACUACAAGAAGAACAUGCUAAAUUGUCUGAUAAGUUGAAGAAAAAACAAGAGAGCUUCCAGCGGCUACAAGUUGAAAAGGAAGCACUUUACAAUGACAGCAGGACUAAAAUUGAUGAGAUCCAACAGAGGAAAGAGGAGGAGCUCAAAUCCAUAAACCUUCGUGUGCAGAAAUUGCAGACCGAUUUAAUGGCCGCCAACCAGAACGUCACUGAACUGAAGGAGCAGUUGCAGAGUAAACAGAAAGAGCAUGAGAUGGCCAUCCAUGCGCUCAAAGAUCAGGUAGCAUGUCAGAGCGCGGUCAGUCAGGAGCAGGUGGAGGGCAUGCUGAGUGAGAACGAUGCUCUCAGGACAAAUCUAGCAGCCCUAGAACAGAUCCAAACAGUAAAGACACAGGAACAGAAUUUGCUGAGAGAGCAAAAUCUGGCACUAAAUGCAGAGCUUCAGCAGAGAUGCACAGAGCAGGAGAGCUUCCUGGCGCAGAAAGAUGAUCUCAACUCACAGCUACAGGAGUCAAAUCGAGCAAAUAGUCGACUUCUGGAGCAGCUCACUGAACUGGGCCUGGAGAAGGACAAGCUACAGCAGGAGUUAGAGGAGGCCAGAAAGACUGCGGAUAAGCGUAAGGUCAUGCUGGAUGAACUGGCCAUUGAGACGGCGCAGGAGAAGUCACGGCACAAAGAGGAGCUCAGCGAUGUGCGCUUGCAGCAUGAGAAGGCAGUGCUGAGCAUCAGAGCCCGCUAUGAGAAGGAGCUCCGUGGCCUCCAUGAGGAGAAGAACCGCACGGAAGAGGAGAUCCGCUCACAGCUACGAGAUGAGAGAGCUCGUACCAAAGAGCUGGAGGGUCUUCAGCCGUAUGUGGAGGAGUUGAAAGCUCAGGUUCAGUCUAUGGAGGGGACGAAGGGCUGGUUUGAGCGCAGACUCAAGGAAGCAGAGGAGACCAUGGAAAAGAACAAACUGGACCAUGCAGAAGAGAUCCAGCGGCUACAGAAAGAUCACACACUCCAGCUGGAGGCUAAAGAUGUAGAGGUGGAGGCAGUAAAACAGCAAGUGACGGAGAUGCAGAAAGAAAGAGAAGAACUCAACAACACAAUCAGCAAACUCAAACAGGUAUUCUCUGUCCGUCUGGAGGAGCUGGUGUUGUCUGAGAUCAGUUCGCCGAGCCGUACGCAGCAGACGGGUGACAGCAGUAGCAUCUCCUCCUUCAGCUACAGAGAGAUCAUGAAAGAUGGGGCUUCAGCUCCCAGCACCAAUAAGUCCAACACCAGCAGCCCUCAGUCCCAACGCCCUGCUGACCUUUCGGACGAUGAGGUCAGUGAGCUCUUCCAGAGACUCGCCGAGGUCCAGCAGGAGAAGUGGAUGCUGGAGGAGAAGGUGAAACACUUGGAGGUCAGCUGUGCCUCAAUGGCCGAUGACAUCUGUAAAAAGAGUGCCAUUAUUGAGACAUACGUCAUGGACAGCCGAAGAGAUGUAUCCGGAGGAGGUGCGGUGGCCCAUGGUGCUCAGGGUGAACGGGGAGUUUUGAGUUCUGUGCUGAGGGACUUGGUAAAACCUGGAGACGAGAACCUGCGUGAGAUGAACAAAAAGCUGCAGAACAUGCUGGAAGAGCAACUGACAAAGAACAUGCACCUACAGAAGGAUCUGGAAGUUUUGUCUCAGGAGAUCGUGCGUUUGAGUAAAGACGCCACCCCUACGGAAAACUCCAAAGCCACAGGAUAAAACUGGACGCCGUCCACCUGAUUAUUCAGUACCCUACUCUUUCUCUUUCUCUCAUCUUUUCACGGCUACCAGGAGGAAACUACAUCCAUCAACAUCGUACAAAGACCUCCAGCAAUCUCAGAUGUACCAGGAGCACAGAGGGUCAAAACAGAUCAAGUCCAUCUGUGAUUUACAUACUACUGAAUGUACCAUAACACUUUAUAUGUUUGUCUGGGACGGGAAAGUACUGUUAGAAAAGGGUCUGUCGAGCAAACCCUGGCGGCUUGACAUCCGUGAGUGCUCGGGACAGUGGCAUGGCAUCGGUGGUCCAAACAGGACCGUUCUACCCACCACUAAUUCCCCCGUUCAGGAAAGCGUGUGUCUAACGUUGGUGUCCUCAAACUGCUCUCGUUGUUGUAUUGCCUGUUUUGUAUAUUUGAUUCGCUAAAGACACUUACUGUAUGUGUAUAUGGGGCUAUUUAUUCUUGCCAGAAAAUCCAAAUAUCAUCAUGUCUACAUCUUUACAGUAUGCUGCUCGUAUCUGAAAGAAACUGGCUAAAAUCUCAAGUUCUGCACUUCGUUAUAUAAAAAAAAAAAAAUUCAGGAAGUUUUCCAGCGAGAGCGAGAGAGCAUGCAUUUAAUUGCUGCGAUAAUUAUCGGAGCAUUUUUGUGGGGCGCUCAAAAUGUUCCCGUGAAGGAAAGCAGCUCCCUGGACUCCCCUCGUUAAGCAGCAAUCUCUCCGCAGCUUAACGACUCAAUUUGACACCUCUCUGUCUCUCUCGGAACUGACGGCGCUGUCGGGGAACGGACCAAUUUCUCCCAGCGCACACUUGACUCCCAUGAGAAUCUAGCCGCCUGUUUUAGUGUGUAACACCAGUUUGUUUUGUGCACGUCAACGCCCUAUCGUUUUUUUUGUGAAUGUUGCAACAUGAUUCUGCUUUUAUGCAUUUAUGCAGUUUUUGCGAACAUUUUAAAUUCUGAUGCACUCAGAAAUAUUUUAUUUGGAGAGUGUAACGUUAAUUUAAUCGUUGGUCCUCAAACUCCAUGUUUUGGAUCCAUUGUAUCUUGAUUUUUCCAAUCGUUUACCAACGAACUACAGCUCUUAGUCAGAAAAGACGCCAUUUCAUUUAACGCAAAUGAAAGCUCAUCAUUGAGUUGGCGAAAUAUCAGCCUCUUUUUCAUUCAUGUCAAAUUAAAUAUGGCACAUGCUCCAUUGAUCAUUUUAGGUGCAAUGAAUAUUGACCAAUUAUUUGCUUAGUUCGUUCUGAUUGCACAACAGAACAUAGUAGAUUGAACAUUUCACGUGACAUUAUGGAUUUAGUGUCCACCUUAUUCCUCAACGGUUCUGUAUUAAUUUAGAGAUAUAUAUGUAUAUUCACCUUGGCAAAAUUAUGUUUUAUGAUUUGUGAGAUGUGAACGAUUUGCAGAUCUUUGCAAUGCUUUAAGCUUUAUUACGACGACUGUUCGUUUCCAUGUUCUUGGCACAUGAGCGUGACGUUCGUGCAUGG